CAAUAAAUUGACGCAUUACUAAUGCCUCAUGACGAUGACUUUGAGCAAUCGAAAUAUAUGGUAAGGCGUAUUUAGGACUCGUCUUGGAAAUAAGGAAGAUCUUCAAAACCCGCCCGAAACCAUGGCAAACGGAACACUAAUUUAUGGUUUAGUGUUCCUCUGUCUUGGUUUAAUCACGUUACGGGAACUAACGCAAACAGAGGCAACGCCAAAUGAACGGCCUGCAAUGAAGCUUUCACAAUUUACUGGCCCUACGCUGAAAAUUCUUUACUGUAUUUCCUGAGGUUACCGGCAAGUGUUCGAAGAAUACUCCCAUCGACUUCGAACACGGUAUCCGCAACUCAGUAUCGAGGGAGAGAAUUUUCCAGCUCAUCCAGUUCGUCGUUACUUAGCCAGUGCUUUGGGCAUUUUGAAAAUUGGACUGAUUAUCCUUAUUGUUAGUGGUAGCAACCCCUUCCCGGCCCUCAGUUUAGAAACCCCAGGAUUUUGGAAUUGGGCCAUCGAAAAUAAAGUUUAUUCCUGUUUGAUGUUAUUCUUCAUCAGUAAUGCCAUAGAAACACAACUUCUUUCCACUGGUGCUUUUGAAAUUUCACUUAAUGACAUGCCAGUUUGGUCCAAGUUAGAGUCUGGUAAAGUCCCUCGCUACCAGGAGUUGGUGAACAUCCUUGAAAGCAACAUGAAACUCAGCUAUCAGCUCUAACAUCCACUGCAGUAUUGAAAUAAAAGAUGACAUUUCCUACUUCAGUUGAGUGGGAACCAUUUUCUACCCAUCCUCAGCGAGCUUAUGAAGGUCAGAACACAAACCAGUUCCUUUCUGGAUGUUCUGACUGGAAACUCCUACCUCGUCUGACCAUGGGAGAAACUGGACAAUCCACAGAACUGACCAGGACACCCCUCCCCUUCGAGAAAAAAUGGACACUGUCAUUUUUGGAAAUAUUUGAACAUUAUUUAUAAGUAAAGCAUCUUUGUCUUUUUUAAAGUCAGGUUACGAUGUAUUGAGGAUGUUAUACAUGUAGUGAUGUGUUUGAUUGUCUGCACUUUUUGAUUUGAUUUAUUGAAAAUAAAAAUUGAAAGUGGAUUCCAUGUAUCUGCUUUCUGAACAAAGGCCCUAUAAUCUUCAUUCCAACACUUUUAAUAAGCUAUACAUGUAUUGACUUGGUCUUUUGACGUUUCAGUUGUCUGUGACCUUGUGCACUGCUUUUGGAGUUUAGGUUGAUCAAUUUCUUCGUUGUAUUGAGAGAUACUAAGGUUCAGAUUUUGGGGGAAGUCUAUUUGAAAUCACGAAAUGUUUGCGGUUAUAUUCCCUUGAGUUGAAAUGUGUAUAACCUUUGUGACUUUGCAGUGGAGUAUUUGAUUUGACGUCACAGAAACAUGGGCCGAGUUUGGGCGGCUUGCGCUAGUAUGUUCAUGAACAGCUCUAUUUUCUUGUUCGUGGGUUGGCUGCUCAAAUGUUGGAAUGUACAACUGGUUAUCGCUGGUAGUUAGUUGCAAAUAGCGUCCAUGUACAUCAUUCAAGGGUUAAUGUUCGGUUAACUGGGCUCAACUCUUCUGUUAAAGGAAGAACAUUCAUUUGUGUCCUUGAAAAUUAUUAACCCCAACAAUUCCUGAAGCCUCCAAUUUUAAUAUGAUUUGCAUACACCCUAGGGAGUUGGGGUUAAUGUGACUUUUGCAAAACUCCCCAUUGUCUCUGGUUCUGUAAACCAUCUUGUUAGUUUUUGCAGCUGUUUAGUGUUCAAAGUUUGUCCGUGUGUUGUGUGUAAAUCCCUGAUAAGGAGGUGGUGUGUAAUCCUGUUCUGACUGUGUUCUUGGGUCGUGUUCCCACCGUUAGUGCGCGAGAACAAGAAACCUUGGGAAGAGCAGGCCGUCCAAACUCGACCAUGUUUUAACAUUUCAAUUUGUAUUUGCAUUUGACAGGUGUUUUAGGAGGUUGGUAGAUGGUCUGUGAAUCAAUUAAAAUUCAUUAAGUAUUGGUAUUAUUUUGAUGUCAAAACAAUAAGUCCACUUUAACAUCAUGCUUCAUCUAACCAUUGUAGCAGCAAAGGUAAACAUGCAUCCACCAAAUGAUUUAUGACAAAGAAUCUAGCCCCAAGACAAUAAGUUUUAAUGGAUUAUUUAGAUUCUACUACAGUGAGUUAAGAUAAAAUUCCGUUUGUUUCACACACAAAAUAUUUAAUUAAUAGGAAAACAGUUACCACUAUGAAAGAUCCAUUUGACAGUGCAUCACUUAGAUAUUGAAUUGGAAAUCUCAAUACAUGUAUAAAUUUCAACAAAAUUGUUUUUUGAACAGAUUACAUUGUAGUGGACAAAGUUAUCUCAGAAGCUAGGAUCAUCUAAUGGCAUAUUCAUAUUGGGUGUUACUGGUCUAGAUUGUUUCUUUUCCAGAGCCUAUGCCCCAUCUCAUCUUGGGAAGGCAGACCUAUCCCUAAUAAAACUAGUAUCUGGAACU